GGCUAACCCUUUCACAGCCACCACUAACCCUAACUCCGCUUAGCCUCUCUUCAGCCUCCAAUCCUCUGAGCUCUCAGCACCUCUCAGCGCCGAAAACUCCUCCCCCUUCCCCGCUAUCAAUGCCGUCGGACAGCACCAUCGCGGCGGUGUGGCUCUUUUCUCUCCUUCUCCCUUCGUCAUAGCGGUUCUCUCUCCCCGUUGUCCUCUACACACCACCUCUUCCAGCAGCACGUCGUCUACUCCACGCACUAGAGCCGUCGUUCGUCGUCCUUCGCGAGUUCGUAGCCACUAUCGUUCUCGCGUUGUAGUCAUCGCAGUAGCCAUUCCUCUGCAUCUAGAAUGGAGAUGCCUCUUAGCUUUUAUGUUAAGAAAAUGUGCCCAAAUGACAUUGAUGCAUCAAAGAAAUUGAAGGAGUGUGAAAAAGUUGUUAUGAAACUUAAAUUUGAAGAAGCAAUUGCUGUGCCAGAGCAUCAAAGACGUCCAAUAACCGACUCCAUAGAUUUCCAUUCUAUAGAUGUGGAGCCACAAUAUUCUGGAGCAAGAAUAGAGGGGGAUGUUGUUACUUUAGAUUUUGUGAAGAAAAUGAUGGAUGAUUUCAAGAAUCAAAAGUGCUUACACAAACGUUAUGCAUUUCAGAUUGUAUUGCAAACCAGAGAAAUGUUGAAAGCUUUGCCUUCUCUUGUUGAUAUAAAUGUUCCCGAUGGCAAACAUUUUACUGUUUGUGGUGAUGUGUAAUAAUUCAAAAAUAGAAAGUGUGUUGAGAAAAUAUGGAUACUUGUGUACCACAUCUUUGUGCAGACAAAGAGUAGGACUCCAGAAAAGAAUUUAUGUACUUAGAGAAUGAUUAACUUGAAAAGAAAGUUAAGUUUCGUCAAUGAUGUGGAUUGUGUAUUUGUGUUAUUACAGUAAUGCCAUUCAAUGAAUUAGUUUGGUUCUGUUCUUUCUAA